AUUGGGGUCACAGGAACACAGGCAAAUAUUGGACUACCGCUGUCCUUGGCUCGGGGUUUUGUCCCUUCGGUAUAUAAGAUGGACGGCCGCAGCACCACCACCGCACUGUACACUCCACCACACCUUGUCCGCUGCCUUCAUUGUCUUUCCACAUUCAGCUUUACAAGACCGACUAUGAGGGUGAGUGCUUUGCUGGUGGGGGCGUGGGCGUGUCUCCUGGUCGGGGACUCCUUGGUGGACGCCUCCCCUUGCUGCGGGUUGGUUGCUGCCGCGGCCGUUGGGGGUCUUGCCUUCGCUGGGGGCGUAGCGGUAGGCAAGCACCACCACCACCACCACCGUCGUCACCGAUGUUCUACCUGUGGCUGUGGUGGCUGUGGUGGCAACUGUGGCUGGUGCGGUGGAAACUACGGCAGGAGGCGACGCAGAAGCAUUGCCAGCUUCAUCGAGAACGCCGAGGUUCAGGACGUGUACGCCAAGAUUGCGUCCGAGGACAAGGACCAGUGCGGGCUGCGUCUGGUGUGCGAGUUGGCGCAGCAAGACCCGCGAGAUCUGGCCGAUGAUGAGGUUCAGAUCCUCCUGCCUUACAAGGGUGCUGGGCAGAGCGAUGGCACCGUGUACGGCCAGUACGACGAGGCUGCGUGGCACGGCCAGGAGGGUCACCAGUGUGCCGAGGACUACCCGCUGUGUGCCUUCACCGCCCGCCAGAUCAUGGACGAGUACAGGAAGUACGUCAUUAACAACGAAACCUUCACGGGGCAUCAGUGACCGCGUCACUCAGAUAAAAUCCUGAUUGAUGAAAUGAAUUCUCAAGCCCAGUUCAAGGUCAUUCCUCAAAACUGCUUUGCUAUUUUGUUGAGUUAGCUAUUCUAAAAAGUAAUAAUUUAGCUAAACUGCACACACGAAACAUCCAUAACCAAGUGUAAAUUACACUAAAAUAUAUUCAUUCACGAGCAUCUUUA